UCAAACAUGGAGGAGCGGGAGCCGGGGGCGAGGUCGGCUCGCGCCGGCAGCCCGGCACGCCCGCCCAGCCCGCGGCUGGACGUCAGUUCUGACAGCUUCGACCCGCUGCUGGCCCUGUACGCGCCGCGCUUGCCUCCCAUCCCCUACCCCAACGCGCCCUGCUUCAACAACCUGGCCGAGUACGAGAGCUUCCUCAGGACCGGGGUCCGGGGCGGCGGGCGCGGCCGCGCGCGGGGCGCUGGCGCGGGGACCCCUGCUGCGGCCGCAGGGCCCUCCGGCAGGACCCGCCGCCGCCCAGAUGCGUCCGCCCCGGACCCCGAGCGCAUCCAGCGCCUCCGCCGCCUUAUGGUAGCCAAAGAGGAAGGGGACGGGGACGCCGGGGCGCGCCGGCGGGGUCCGGGUCGGAGCAGGAAGGCACCGCGCAACGUGCUCACGCGAAUGCCCCUUCAUGAAGGCAGCCCUUUAGGUGAACUCCAUCGUUGCAUCCGGGAAGGAGUGAAAGUGAAUGUUCACAUCCGAACUUUCAAGGGACUUCGGGGUGUAUGUACAGGCUUCCUCGUUGCAUUUGACAAGUUCUGGAAUAUGGCACUUACUGAUGUGGAUGAGACCUACCGAAAACCUGUUUUAGGCAAAGCAUACGAACGGGAUUCUUCAUUGACUCUUACUAAGCUAUUUGACCGACUAAAGCUUCAGGAUUCCUCCAAGAAGGAAACAGAUUCAAAGUCUGCAGUUGAAGACUCCACUCUGUCCAGAUACUCCCAGACAUCCACUUGGAAGGUGGCCUCAGUGUGGGGAAGAGGAGACACUGACCGGGGCUCCCGCAAGCGUUCCCGUUCCGUCCCGUCUUCCCUGCAGGCAUCUGCAAGGGAGGAGUCCAAGUCAGAGCUGUCAGGGAGGACGACACGGACAGAAGGGUCAAGUGCUGGAGGUACCUUUUCCAGGGCUACCACCCUUUCCAGGGGACAGCCCUGCAAAAAAAAGCGAAGGCCUAAAGUUGAUUACCAGCAGGUAUUCACUCGACAUAUAAAUCAGAUUUUCAUUCGAGGCGAGAAUGUCCUGCUGGUUCAUCUUGCACAGUGACCAUCUCUGCCUCACAUGAGCAUUGGUUUUUAGAAAUAAAAUGCAUGAAUUGCUGCUAUACUGUAUCCUAGUAUCCCAGGAAAACUCUGAGUUGAAAUGUGUCCCUCUGGUCCUGCAUGUGCAGAGCAUAGAGCCAGGCUCGGGCCCUUGGAGAGAUGAGCUCCCUCAAGGGGACAUAGGCCUUGGGAGGUUAGAUGUUGCCUUAAUAUCCAGGUAAAAGCUGUGCAGAGGUAUAGGCAUCUGACUUGGUAUCGUGGCCUGACUACUUCAGAUACUCAAACCAAAUAUAAGAUCUUCCAUUUGAAUUAGGAGUCAUGGUGAACUGGUUGAGUUCAUGAACUGAAUUCACUCCAUAGAGACUUAUAGGAUGAGGGAACAACACCUCAAAAAAGAAUGAUCUCAUUUCUAAAAGCUAGUGUUACAAGUACUCAUGAAUUUGAGUCUAAGAGUAGCAGCAUAAAUUGUGCCAGAGCCAGCACCCACAGCUUGUAACUGACCUUUGAAUUUUGCUCUACACCAUUCUCUCUUGUUCAAGAAAUAUAAUUUAUUAUCUUUGAAUAUCUGUAAGACUAAGAAAGCUACCAGAUUAUGUAAGAGUGUAUUUAGGUAGGUGGUACUGUCAAAGCAGCCAGCAAUGAAUGCUCUGUUUUAUCCCUCACUUUAUUAUGGAAAGUUCUGUGGGGCCUCAUCAGUCUUCCCCUUACCAGAGGUAGCUUCUGAGAAUGGCUCACCACAUGGGACUAUAAGGUGCUCACGUGGUGGCCUCUCGUCCUUUUCUGUCACUUCCAUGGCCUGAUGCUAAUGCAUGUGCCCUGUGUAUUGUCCCUCUUUAUGUAGUGUGACCUGUUCUAUGAACGUUAUGGCAGGAGACUGUGACCUUGACGUCUGGCUUCAAAGAGUUCUGCUUGAACUCAAUAAUAUAAAUGUAUCACAUGUCUGAGAGUCCUUUCCAGGCAUGGCUGGCCUGUAUAGAAUAGUUUUCAGAAUGGUUUUGCCAUGAAAAAGGGGUGGUACUUUUAUUCCCUUGUGUCAGGCCACAGAGGUUCUCACAAAGUACUUGUAUAUAUAAAGGACACUUAACUCACAUUCUGAUUUGAGUGACAAGACAUCAUAGCACCCUUUAAUACUUAUACUUGAAUCAUAUUAUAUGCUUUUUCAAUUAGCAGUGCAGAGUAGGUGCUACAUCUCGACACAGACUGUUAGGCAAUAUUGAUUUUUUGUUUCAUUUAUAUUUGUAUUGUUUUGGAUACCUUAUGUUCAAAGUGAGAAUAAGAAAUAACUAACUAGUUAAAAUGUUUUGAAAAGAAGACCUUCCUCUGCUGUGUUUGUUGUGUAACUCAGCUAAGCCUGUUGAGAAGUAGGGUGAACAGAGUUUAGGAAGCUAGGGCACCUCAUCCUUCGGCGGGGCUACUGGCUCAUCACACAGUGAAAGGAGAGCAGGCUCAACUUCUCUGUGCUUCACGUUUUCCCCAGCAGACACCUACCUCACAGGGGCACUGAGACAAAGAAUUUUAGGAAGACAUUUAGAAGUCUCUAAAUGUAUUUAAAGUGCCAUGAGUAAUUGUUACAGACUCUGUAUCACAGCUUGGUUAGAGUUCUAUGUCUUAUGAGCAAGGCAGGUACUACAUAAGAAAAUAAUCUCUGUGGGUGUCAGAAUUAUGAUCUUGUCAUCAGAAGGCAGUGAUAGCUUCAGGAACUGUUUUCCGUAUUCUCUUCCUUUCUCCUAAGGGACAGUGGAAGUUCUCAAAGAAUAUCUUCAGUAAAAAAAAGUAACAUUGCUGCUUCCCCCAUCUCCCAGCCCCAGAACCCUUUUCUGGUCAUUUUCAGGAAGUAUCUCUGGAACUGUUCAAGGGGUUUACUUGGCAGUACCAGAGGGAGAAUGUGCAUCUACAAAUGGCACACCCCCAAAGGGGGCUUUUGGGGCUGUUCUGUAUUGUUUAUUUGUUUUUAUUUUAAAGUACAUUUUAAAUAUACUUAUUAGAGCCAGAUCAGAUGCAUUGAAUAUUAGGGAGGUUUCAGAUUACAGAGUCAAGCAGUUAUCUUUAGAAUCUGCCAUUCUAAAUUAUUUUCUAAAUAGUGUGUCUAAAAUCUCAGUUCCCCAAUUAAUAAUUGUAUUGUUUAAUCAUCAGGCACCCUGCCUCUGCCUCUUUACCAGUCUCCUGGUUUGACUCUCCCCAUCUGUUUGCCCUCCUGUCCAAGCUAGACGCUGGAAUGGACACUAAAUUUUCACAAUAAAGUAAAAAAUUUGGAAUUAAGAGGAAUAUCAGUUUCCAUUAAUUCUAGUGCCCGAUUAACCUGAUUUACUUUAAACGUAUGCUGGGUUUCAUGUUUGCAUAUGAUUUUCAAUUAUCCAUAGAUGGACUGAUUUUGUGCUUUUCUGCCCAACUUAACAAUUCUGAUUCUGAAUAUUAUUUUUAAAUUGUAUUUAAAAUUGAAAAUUAUUUUAAAACUGCCUUAUGUGCCCAUAUGCCCCCAUUUAUUUGUUUGGUUUGGACAGUGAUUCUAGAAUGAGUACUAUCUAGUAAAUGUGUUAUUUUGUACAAAGCAUAAUAAUUAUUUUGAGAGAUGUCAGGUUUUAGAAAAAGUAUUGCCUUUCUUUAUUAUAGGAGAAAUGUUUCAAAAGUAAGAAAAAAUAGGUCGUAAUAAUGUUAUGUGUGGUCAAAAAAUGUCAUCAUCUAGGACAUUAUAAUAAGUUGCUAUGGAAAUAACUGAAGUCUUCCUCAGGAGAAAUAAAGAAAACAGGAGAGUAACGGCCAGAACGGUGGAGUCCUGGUGGCCUCCAGCCAGCACACCUGAGGGGAGCCCUCGGCAGCUGCAGUGCCCCAGAACUGGCUUCUAGUAUUCUCCACGGACUUGGGCUUGGGACACAUGGCAGGAAUAGUACUUAUUUGAACAUCCAACUUUAGUUCUUCAAAGUAAUCUCUACACAGGGGGACAUGUUUCCAAGACAAUUCACAGGCCUACCUGUGCACUUGUUGAGGACUUCUCAGGAGUGUCCAGCUUUGCUAGAUGAAAACAAAGGAUUGAGCAAUGGAAGAUAUGGUUUCACACCCAGAAUGACUUCAUGUGCCUUUCUUUGUUCAUCAAAGUGAUUCUACUGCUCUACCGCUGGGAGAACUUGCCUUUUAGGUUGUUCCAGUAUUUGGGACGCAUUUAUGCUUCCUUUCAGAGACGAUCUUAGGGAGAGGUGAGCGUGUGUGAGAUGGUUAGCCUGUGCUGCAAAGGUGUCUGCCAUUACUUUCUGGCGGCAAUGUGAGGAGAUGGAUUUAAGAUGAGCCUUUGAAGUUCCUGUCAUGAUUUCCUGGGCUCUGAGGAAGGGUUGAGCCUCCUUUACUUCUCAGUGUUUUGAGUAUUUUUUGAAUGUUUGUAAGUUCUCUUGCACUCCUCUAAUAAAAAUGAAAGCACUCUGUCAGGAAAUGACUUUGGGGUACAGAGAUCUAGGUGAAAAGAAAUAAAUACUUGAGACUUUCAACUGGUCUUUUCUUUAUUUGGAAUAAAAACUAGUUUGAUAAGCUUCCAGAGUUAGUGCUGCUUUAAAAACACUCUCUGGAAUGAUGGGAACUGUCCCUCAGGAAAGCUAUGAGAGCUAUUUCCAAUAUAUUGCAAUUGCUUUUGAUUUUUAGUCCUUUGGAACAAAUGUCUGAUGCUAUGUUUUUAGAGCUGUGGGGGAAAAAAUGUCUAAAAAUUCUGAAGGGUAGUAUUUAAACAAUGAUUAUCUGACUGAAUUAUGUAUGAGCUGGAUUCUAGGGCAGUUAUCCAGUUCUUUUUGUAUUGUCCUAACAGUAAAGCAGAUAGUAAGUGACUUUACAUGAAAAGUGACUUGCUGAUUUCAUACUGACAUUGAAAGACAUUAACCUUCUGUUUGACAGCUGGGGAAUACCCCUUUUCCCUAUGACUUAUUACUUUUACAUGAGGCUAAACCUGGAUGAUUCUAUGUACUUAUAAUCUCACUAUCCAUAUACCAGCUGCUAAAAAAAAAUCAUGACUUGUAAUCUUGUCUUGAAAUUACUCAUAAUUGUUAAGUUCACAGAAACCCUUCCUGUUUAGGGAAGAUUGCUGCUAAUAACGUCAGUUUGCAAUGUUCUGCUUUAAGUAUGUGUCAUAUGGGAGUCUAGAAACUAUAAUAAAUAUGAUUGUACU